UCAAUGAUAAUAAAACAUCCCAUGGAUUUUGGCACCAUGAAAGACAAAAUUGUAGCUAAUGAAUACAAGUCAGUUACGGAAUUUAAGGCAGAUUUCAAACUGAUGUGUGAUAAUGCAAUGACAUACAAUAGGCCAGAUACCGUGUACUACAAGUUGGCGAAGAAGAUACUUCACGCAGGCUUUAAGAUGAUGAGCAAAGAGCGGCUGUUAGCUUUGAAGCGCAGCAUGUCGUUUAUGCAGGACAUGGAUUUUUCUCAGCAGGCAGCUCUUCUGGGCAAUGAAGAUACAGCUGUUGAGGAACCUGUCCCUGAAGUUGUACCCGUACAAGUAGAAACUGCCAAGAAAUCCAAAAAGCCGAGUAGAGAAGUUAUCAGAUGCUGGAGUGGAGCAGGUGCAGCCCCGUGGUCAGGAAGGUGUGGAUGCUGCAGGGGAAGCAGCUGCAUGUUUGAGCCUGAAGGGAACGCCUGCAGCUUGACGGACAGUACUGCAGAGGAGCACGUGCUGGCGCUGGUGGAGCACGCGGCUGACGAGGCUCGGGACAGGAUCAACCGGUUCCUCCCAGGCGGCAAGGUAGUGCUCUCUGGCCAUCGAGAGAGGGUGCUGCGUGGCGCCAGACUCUCCGUGUGCCUCUCCCUCUGGGUUGGUGCUGUGUGAUCCAGCACAGCCACCAGGAUCCAGAGGUCAGCAUGGGGCCCUGACGGGAGGCCUGGGUCAGACACACACAAGGCUGGUCUCUUCAGUCGGGGUCCGGGUGCCUCUCGCAGGGCCGCCGCUGGUGUUUCACCCAUCAUGGAGGCCUCGUGGUCACUGACCUCGUUUCCUGGAUGGAGGCCCUGCUGCAGGCUCAUCCUUUCUCUUGGAGUGAAUGCUGACUUCUAUGUCUCUGUCACUGGGUGUUGACGUGAGGCACCACCCUUGUUAUUCCAGCGGGGACUGGUGUUGGAUCCGACAGAUGGUCCAUGAUAGGCCACCGACCCUGUUCCCGUGGCUCCUGCCACAGAUGGUCUGUGUAGUGGUGGACCCCACUCAGCUGACUACACUCUCCUUUCUGGCAGGAGACGUUCUAGACCCAGUGUCUCCAAUGGAAACAGAGCACAGGCUGUCUGCAGUCUCAGGCUUCCUACUAGCUCUGAUAAGAGAAGUAGAGCAAUGCAGGUGACAUUAAUCCUGGCAGGUUUUAUUUCACCUCUCUAUCCAACGUUUUGUUUCAACACGUAGUCUGUAGAAAACAUUAACUUGAACUAUGGUUUUUUUUUUUCAUAGUAAGUCUUCAAAAUGCACAUGGGGUGGGAUGUAAAGAAUGCUGAAGUGGGAGCAUUUCAGAGGUGUCUGCUUCUGUUUGCCUGCGCCUGCUGGGAAGUUGCAGUAGUCUGCGUGGCUCAUUUGCUGGGAGAUUGUGGUCUGCGUGGCUCGCGUGUUGGGAGGUUGUGGUCUGCGUGGCUCACAUGUUGGGAGGUUGUGGUAUGCGUGGCUCAUGUGUCGGGAGGUUGCGGUCUGCGUGGGUCGUGUGUUGGGAGGUUGUGGUCUGCGUGACUUGUGUGUUGGGAGGUUGUGGUUUGCGUGGCACAUGUGUUGAAAAGUUGCUGUGGUCUGUGUGGCUUGUGUUGGGAAGUUAUGGUUUGUGUGGCUCAUGUUGGGAAAUUGUUUGCAUGGCUUGCCUGUUAGAGAUUGUGGUCUGCGUGGCUUGCACUGUAGUUCUUUUGGACAGCCUUGUUCUGCACUCUGUGCUUCAGCCUUGGAAUUGCCACAUUCUCCAAGGAGCCCUGGUUUCUUUACUAGAGAGCCUUGUUUAGAAGCCAAGACCUGGGUGCUGGGUGAAGCCCUCUCUGCAGAUAUAGCUGGGAAAUGCCUGUGCACGUGUCUGCACCACAUAUGUGAACACCGUGCAGACGGAUUCUGUUGGCACCUGUGUUUACAUGUGUUGAAAACUGUUUUUACAGUGAAACUUCCAGUUCCGUCCUGCUCCGUGGGUCCACCCCACUUCUUCCCUUUCAGUUUUGUAUCUACACCAUGAGGACCUGACUCCCUAAUCUAUGUAUCAAAUCCGUGUCCCAUUGUACCUGAUCUUCCACCUCUUCCCAGGGCCCUGGCCACCCUGUGGGCUCUGAUACUUUGCCUGGAUCGGCGGUGGGAAGCUGCCCCCACACAAACAUCUGGCUCCUUUCAGGCCAGGUGGCUGCCCUGCCCGCAGC